UUUAUACAACAAAAUGGGUGCGACGUUUUAGCGCAGUUCUGCAUCAGCGGCUACAGGGGUACGGGCACUCUAGAGGGGAACAAAACGCUUGCGAUCGAGAAGUUGUGUUCCCCUCUGCCUCUCCCGCUCCCCCUCACUGCACGGCUUGGUGCAGUCUGACAGAAGCGGCCCAUUUAUAGAAGCCGGCCCUCAGGCAUCUAGAAAGGUGUCGAGACAACUGGAGAUUAGUCGCCAAGGUUAAAGCCCAGUGUUGUUCUCCACGCACCCACACACGUUCACACAAAUGACUGCGGGCGACAUGGACAAAGUCGAAGUCUUCGACGCGGGCAGCAAGGGAAGGGGCCUGAAGACGAAGCAAGAGUUCUGGAGUGGGGAUGUGGUCUUUGCUGAACCUGCGUAUGCUGCUGUUGUGUUUGACAACCUCACCUACCACGUAUGCCACGGGUGUUUCAAGAAGCAAGCGAAGCUCCAGCGCUGCAUGCAGUGUAAGUUUGCCCACUACUGCGACCGCACCUGCCAGAAAGCUGCAUGGACGGAGCACAAGAGCGAAUGCAGCGCCAUCAGGAACUACGGCAAGGCGCCCAGCGAGAGCAUCAGACUUGCCUCGCGUAUCUUGUGGAGGAUGAGGAGAGAGGGAGCUCUUGUCCCCGAGGAUCGCCUCGUGUCCAUCGAGGACCUCCAGGACCAUCUGGACGACCUGAGUGAGGACGAGAGGAAGCAGCUAAAUCUGGACGUUGAGGUUUUCCAGCGGUACUGGCAGCCCAAAGCCCAGGAGCUUAGCAUGGAGUCCAUGUCACACAUAUUUGGAGUGAUAAACUGCAACGGUUUUACCAUCAGUGACCAGCGUGGGUUGCAAGCUGUAGGAGUUGGAUUGUUUACAAAUCUCUGCCUCGUGAAUCAUGACUGCUGGCCAAAUUGCACCGUCAUAUUGAACAAUGGAAAUCGUGAUGCGGUUAAAUCAAUGUUCCACACACAGAUGAGAAUUGAGCUGCGGGCAGUCGUGCAUAUCAAGGCGGGAGAGGAGCUGAUGGUCUCUUAUGUGGACUUCCUGAGCCUCAGUGCAGAGAGGCGCAAGUCGCUGAAGGAGCAGUACUACUUUGACUGCAGCUGCGAGCAUUGCCAGAAGGGAAUGAAAGAUGACCUGAUGCAGGCUGUCAAAGAGGAAGAUGGCAAAAAGCCACCAGAAGAAACUGUGACGGGAGUCGUUGAGUUUUCAAAGACAACAUUGGAAAAAGUUGAGAAGGAACGACAAGAAGGAGCUUGGGCAAAUGUUGUGAAGCUGUGUCGGGCGUGCUUGAAGAAGCAGGAGCCUGUCCUGGCAGACACGAACCUUCACAAGCUGAAGAUACUGAGCCUCGUCUCUGAAGUGCUGUCUUAUCUGCAGCAUUUUGAAGAGGCUGCAGACUGCGCCAAGCAGAUGGUGGAGGGAUAUCAGAAACUCUACCAUCACAAUAAUGCCCAGUUGGGAAUGGCACUGAUGAGGGCUGGCGUGACGCACUGGCACGCUGGGCGCAUCGAACCAGGCCAUGCCAUGAUUUGCCAAGCGUACGGGAUUAUCCUGGUCACACACGGCCCGACCCACCCCAUCAGCAAGGAUCUUGAGGCCAUGCGCUGCCAGACCGAGAUGGAGCUGCGGAUGUUUAAGGAGAACGAAUACAUUUACUAUCAGAUGAGAGAGGCCGCGCUGAAGAAUCAGAAGAUGCAAGUGAUGGCGGAGCCGGCCGGCAACUACAUCAAGGAGCUCUUCCACAGACGGAAAUGAGACCCCGCGGCUUCCCCCCCCCCCCCCCCCUCUCUCCCGCAGGCAACCUGCCGUAACCUGUGGGAAGGGUGGGCUGCCGCAGGGUGAGGGUGGGCUGAAGCAAAGGCCAGGACGGCAAUUGUUUUCGGAAUCUGUUGUCUAAAAAAGGAGAGUCCUGUGGUAGACUUUCAACCUGUGUUGUUUGCAUUGUAGUAACCUAGAGAUGUGGAACACUGCCGAAGCAAAAACACAACAUGCUGGGAAAACCUCAGCAUGUCAGGCAGCAUCUGCGGAAAGAGAAGCAGUGGAAGGUUGAGGUCUGAAUCUGAGAUCUGAAGUGUCGACUUUUUCUCUCUCUCUCCCUCCACAGAUGCUGCCUGAUCUGCCGAGUUUUUCCAGUGAUUUCAGUUUUUGUUUCAGAUUUCCAGCAUCUGCAGUUUUUUUUUUUCUUUUGAUUUUCAUUGACCACAGCUUUAAGGUCAGUUUCAUUCACGUUAAUGCACAAAGGUGGAAGGCAAGAAUGGUUUUCUCCACUGUAGCUCGGUGCACAUGAUAAUAAUAAACUGACACUAAGACUA